AAGUGAUUCCUCAUACAUUGGUCUGUUCAGAGACACCUGGAGGUGGUCAGAUGGAAGCAGUUUCUCUUUCAGACACUGGAAUAAAAACUUUAACGAUCAGAUAAUCAACAGUGGUCAAUGUGCCAUGACUAAGUUUGAUGGUGAAGGCAGAUGGACGAAUGUGAGCUGUGAUAAUAAAAAACCCUUCAUCUGUUAUGAUGAUAAAUUUAUCCUGAUCAAAGAAAAUAAAACCUGGGAGGACGCCUUGUACUACUGCAGAGAUCACCACCAUGACCUGGUCACCAUCACCAACAUGGAUGAUCAGAGAUGGAUCCAGGAGAAAGUCAAGAACGCAUCAACUCCUUUUGUCUGGAUGGGUCUGCGUUACACCUGCACUCUGGAUUUGUGGUUCUGGGUCAGUGAUGAGGUGGUCAGAUAUAAGAACUGGGCUUUAGAUGGACAGAUGGACGACUGUGACAUGUCUGGAGCCAUGGAGACGGGAGGAGGACAUCAAUGGAAAAAGAAAAAGGAUACUGAGAAGUUUAAUUUCAUCUGUUCUAAGAAUUAAAUCUGAAACUGUCCCCUGUGAGAAUCUAUUUCCUCUGUUUUCAUCGUUGUUUUGCUUCAUGUUUAUUUCGAAUCAUGAUUUGUUGUUACAUAUGUCAUAUAAUAUGAACUGUUGUGCAUUAUGUGAAAGAAUUACCAGGACAUUUUAAACACUUAUGAUUAACUAAGUUACCUUGGAGUGAGUUUGCUUUACUUUUUCAGUUUUCUUUAUCACAUGUUGAAGGAACAUUCAAACAAACUAGAGCCGCUAUGGUCUAGUUUACAUUUAGCUCCUAAUUUUACUGCAAUGUUUUGUUGUUUUUUCUUUU